AUGGCCAUAUGUUAUAUGCGCCAUCAUCUCAUAGAAGGUCUUAAGGAUCAGUACAUGACGAUUGAGAAUUCAUUGGAUCUUUGGAAUGCUUUAAAGCACAGAUAUGAUCACCAAAAGAUUGUGUUGCUUCCAAAGGCAAGGCACGACUGGAUGCACCUCAGAUUCAUGGAUUUUAAGUCCGUGGACGAGUAUAACUCAGCCUUGUUCAAAAUCGUCUCAAUACUAAGGCUGUGUGGUGAAGAAGUGUCUGAUGUUAUGAUGCUUGAAAAGACCUAUACGACUUUCAAUCAGUCGAAUUCUGUGUUGCAGCAGCAAUACAGAACAAAAGGUUUUGCCACAUAUACUGAUCUGAUCUCAUGUCUACUCUUGGCCGAGGCAAAUAAUGAGCUUCUCAUGAAGAACAGUGGAGCUAGACCGGCCGGGACAGCACCAUUACCCGAAGCCCAUGAUGUUGAAAAGAGAGAUCCCAAAGAAACCUACUACGCCCAAGACAACAGGAAACCAUACGGUCAUGGCCGUGGUGGGUACAGGGGGCGUAGGCGUGACAACCAUAACGGUCGAGAUAACUACUCAACCGGCCGAAGAGGAAACCACAAUAACUGUGGUCGUGGUUCCAAUUACGGUCGGGGCCGAGGGAGUUAUGGCUGUGGACGAGGUGGCAUAUCCAAACCAUCUCACACGACCAAGUCUUUAUGCCACAGAUGCGGGGUGGACAAUCAUUGGGCCAAGAAUUGCAGAACUCCAAAACACUUGUGCGAACUCUAUCAAGAGAGUAUCAAGAACAAGAACCCGGAGGCAAACAUGAUCCAAGAGAACGGUCAUGACGACAAAGGAUAUGGAUAUGAUGCUGAUGAUGAAUCCGACAGCAACAAAGAUGACCAAAUGGAUUUUGAGACAUCCGACUGUCUAAAGGACUAG